AUGGCGAAUCAAGAUCAAGCUUCGCAAUCUUCUACUUCUCAUUCCAGUGCUCAUCGUGAGCUUUCUCCAAUGGAGGAUCCGAGAAGCCCUUUCUUCUUGCACCAUGGAGAAUCACCAGGUGAAAUUCUUGACACUCAGCUCUUGACAGAAGACAAUUACCCUAAUUGGGCUAGGGCUAUGCUUAUGGCAUUGGAUGCAAAGAGCAAGCUAGGCUUUGUGGAUGGUUCUAUCACAGCUUCCAUGGCAGUCACUCGUUUGGAAAAGAUUGCUUGGUCAAAGAACAAUUCCAUGAUUUCUUCAUGGAUCUUGAAUUCCGUUUCUCCUUACAUCACUGCAAGUGUAAUUUACAGAAACACUGUAAUGGAGGUUUGGAAUUCACUUAGAAACCAUUUCUCACAAGCCAAUGGUCCACGAAUUUCACAGCUUCAGAAAUUGAUUUCAACAAUUAUGCAAGGAGAUGCAACAGUGACUACUUAA